AAACUGAAUAAUGAUAAUUAUUAAUAAUCAUUGCUAGGUUGAUUUCAUUUGGAUCAAUCGUGACCAGAGACACUUUGAGUGGUUCAUGGAGCUACUGAAUGAACUGGAAAUGGAACAGAAUGAAUAUGGAACACUAAUGGAUCGGUUCCUUGAUAUGCACAUGUACAUCACAUCAGCUUUACAAAGGACUGAUGUGAAAGCAUUAGGACUACAAAUGGCUCUUGAUCUGAUACACAAAGAAAAGAACAUUGAUCUUAUAACUGGACUGAAGACCAGGACACAGACUGGUAGACCUAACUGGGAUAAGGUCUAUAUGUUAAUGCUGGGGAAUAGAAUUUAGUUCAACUCUAGCAUAAAGCAUGAGUCUAAAGGUCAAACCGCCCACACAUUUGAUUAAAAAUUGACGUUACACUGACCUAUUGUAGUAUCCUCCUUAAGUAAUGUACUGAUACAUGUGUGUGUAUUAUUAAUUAUAUUGAGUU